CAGCCCACCUCCUCCUCCUGGCGCCAUGGACAGGCUCCCUCCGUCCAUGCGCAAGAGGCUGUACAGCCUCCCCCAGCAAAUCGGACCCAAGGCUUCGAUCAUGGACGAUGAGGAGGGGGAGGAGGAGGAGGAGGAAGGCGACAAGGACACCCGGAGAAGAAGCAUCCGGCUGAAGCCCCUGCCCGCUCCCUCGGCGGGGGUCGGGGCCGGGGCCGGGGGCGACCCCCGGGCCGGUGACCCGGGCAUCAUGGAGACCGACGUGGGCCCUCGUGGGGCGGGCAAGUCCAGCACGAACGGAGACUGCCGGCGCUUCCGAGGCAGCCUGUCCUCCCUGGCCAGCCGCGGGGGCUGCUCCCACCUGCACGACUCGGCCGAGGAGAAGCGUCUCAUCGGGGAAGGGGACACGUCCCCCGGGGAGGACAAGACGCCCCCCGGGCUGGCCGCGGACCCCGAGCCGCCCCCCUCCUCCUCCUCCUCCUCUUCGUCCACCCCUUCCUCCGCCUCCUCCUCCACCACCUGCAUCAAGGUGGAAGGGGGGUCCGGCGCCGACCAGAUCGUCCCCGACGACGAGGCCAGGCUGGGCCAGGCCGGCUUCAUGCAGCGCCAGUUCGGGGCCAUGCUCCAGCCCGGGGUCAACAAAUUCUCCUUGAGGAUGUUCGGCAGCCAGAAGGCCGUGGAGCGAGAGCAGGAAAGGGUUAAGUCGGCCGGCUUUUGGAUCAUCCACCCCUACAGCGACUUCAGGUUUUACUGGGACCUGACGAUGCUGCUGCUGAUGGUGGGGAACCUGAUCAUCAUCCCCGUGGGCAUCACCUUUUUCAAGGAUGAGAACACCACACCCUGGAUCGUCUUCAACGUGGUCUCGGACACCUUCUUCCUCAUCGACUUAGUCCUCAACUUCCGGACGGGGAUUGUGGUGGAGGACAACACGGAGAUCAUCCUGGACCCCCAGAGGAUCAAAAUGAAAUACCUGAAGAGCUGGUUCGUGGUGGAUUUUAUCUCCUCCAUCCCCGUGGACUACAUCUUCCUCAUCGUGGAGACCCGCAUUGACUCGGAGGUGUACAAGACGGCCCGGGCUCUGCGCAUCGUCCGCUUCACCAAGAUCCUGAGCCUCCUGCGUCUCCUCCGCCUCUCCCGCCUCAUCCGCUACAUCCACCAGUGGGAGGAGAUCUUCCACAUGACCUACGACCUGGCCAGCGCGGUGGUGCGCAUUGUGAACCUCAUCGGCAUGAUGCUGCUGCUGUGUCACUGGGAUGGCUGCCUCCAGUUCCUGGUGCCCAUGCUGCAGGACUUCCCCGGGGACUGCUGGGUCUCCCUCAACCACAUGGUGAAUGACUCCUGGGGCAAGCAGUACUCCUAUGCUCUGUUCAAAGCCAUGAGCCACAUGCUGUGCAUUGGCUAUGGGAAGCAGGCCCCCUUGGGCAUGUCAGAUGUCUGGCUCACCAUGCUGAGUAUGAUCGUCGGUGCCACCUGCUAUGCCAUGUUCAUCGGCCACGCCACUGCCCUCAUCCAGUCCCUGGACUCCUCCCGGCGACAGUACCAAGAGAAGUACAAGCAGGUGGAGCAGUACAUGUCCUUCCACAAGCUGCCUGCCGACAUGCGCCAGCGCAUCCACGACUACUAUGAGCACCGCUACCAAGGCAAGAUGUUCGACGAGGAGAGCAUCCUGGGGGAGCUCAGCGAGCCACUGCGUGAGGAAAUCAUCAACUUUAACUGCCGGAAGUUGGUGGCCUCCAUGCCGCUCUUUGCCAACGCCGACCCCAACUUUGUGACCUCCAUGCUGACCAAGCUCCGGUUUGAGGUCUUCCAGCCGGGAGACUACAUCAUCCGCGAAGGCACCAUUGGCAAGAAGAUGUAUUUCAUCCAGCACGGGGUGGUCAGCGUCUUGACCAAAGGCAACAAAGAGACCAAGUUGGCUGAUGGCUCCUAUUUUGGGGAGAUCUGCCUGCUGACCCGGGGCCGGCGAACGGCCAGCGUCCGGGCUGACACCUACUGCCGCCUCUACUCCCUCUCAGUGGACAACUUCAACGAGGUGCUGGAGGAGUACCCCAUGAUGAGGAGGGCCUUUGAGACCGUGGCGCUGGACAGGCUGGACCGGAUUGGCAAGAAGAACUCCAUCCUCCUGCACAAGGUCCAGCACGACCUCAACUCGGGGGUCUUCAACUACCAGGAGAACGAGAUCAUCCAGCAGAUCGUGCAGCACGACCGGGAGAUGGCUCACUGCGCGCACAACGUGCAGGCCGCCGCCGCCGCCGCCGCCGCGGCCGCCGCCGCCGCCGCCGCCGCCGCGUCCAGCCCGACCCCGGUCAUCUGGACGCCGCUGAUCCAGGCCCCGCUGCAGGCCGCCGCCGCCACCACUUCGGUGGCCAUCGCCCUCACCCAUCACCCGCGGCUCCCCGCGGCCAUCUUCAGGCCCCCGGGGCCGCCAGGGGGGGGCGCUGCCGCGCCGGCGCCGGGCCCCAGCCAGACCCCGCGGCCCCUAAGGAGGCUGCAGUCGUGGCUGCCGUCGGGGGCCCCGUCGGCGCUGGGUUCCCCGGCCAGCGGCAGCCCGUCGCAGCUGCACACCCCCGGCGCCGACACGCCCUCGUCCUCGUCCUUCCACAUCCAGCAGCUGGCCGGCUUCUCCGCCCAGUUCCACCAGGCGGGCCCGGCCGGGUCCCCCUCGCCCCCGGGGCCCGCCCCGUCGCCCGGCGGCUUCGGCCAGGCGCAGGCGGCCCCGGACUCGCCGGGGGGGGCGCUGGCCCCGCUGCGGGCCGCGGCCCGCUCCCCGCCCCCGGGACCGCCGCUAGGGGGCGGGCUGGACCACCUCCUGGCCGCCGCCGGCUCCCCGCCGUCGGGGCGGAGCGCUCGGGGCCCGCCGGCGGCGGGGGCGACUCUGCCGGGGCCCCCGCGGGAGAGGCCGCCUUUCUCCUGCGCCUCCCCGCUGCCGCCGCCAGGGGGCGCCUCGCCCGGCUCCAGCCCGUCGGGGCUCAGCCCGGCCCGGACUCUGCCGUGCGCCCCGUCGGGGCCGCAGCCCAAGCCGCCCAAACCGCAGCCCGGCCCGGGCCCCCUCCUCGUCCUGGCCCCGGCCUCCGGCGCGCAGCCCCCGCAGCGGCGCAGCACCCCGCCCCCGGCGCUGCCCCCCGGCCGCCUGACCCGGGACCUCAAGCCCCUCUCCGCCUCGCAGCCGGUCCUGCCGCAGGACGCGGGGGCCGCGCCGCGCCGCGCCUCCCCGCGGGGCUCCGGGGACCCCCUGGCCGCCCUCCCCGGCGCCGGCGGGGGACUCGGACUCCCGGGCCGAGGCUGCGGCUCCCUCCCGCCGCCGGCGCCCAGGGCCCGGGGGGCUCUGCCCCGCCAGAUGUCCUCAGGUUCCCUGCCCCCCGGGCCCGCCCUGCCCAGGAAGGAGCCGUCGGGGGAGCCCGAGCCCGGCCGCUCCAAACUGCCCUCCAAUUUGUGA